UCCUUCGAGGCCUUCUGGACUAUAAUCCCCACCAUUGGGCCGCCCGGCCAGGCUCCAGGAGCAUUCUCUCCUGACGUUUCGCCCGCAUCUCCUUCCCUCUCUCCUUCCCGGCCUUCUGGACUAUAAUCCCCACCAUUGGGCCGCCCGGCCAGGCUCCAGGAGCAUUCUCUCCUGACGUUUCGCCCGCAUCUCCUUCCCUCUCUCCUUCCCGGCCUUCUGGACUAUAAUCCCCACCAUUGGGCCGCCCGGCCAGGCUCCAGGAGCAUUCUCUCCUGACGUUUCGCCCGCAUCUCCUUCCCUCUCUCCUUCCCGGCCUUCUGGACUAUAAUCCCCACCAUUGGGCCGCCCGGCCAGGCUCCAGGAGCAUUCUCUCCUGACGUUUCGCCCGCAUCUCCUUCCCUCUCUCCUUCCCGGCCUUCUGGACUAUAAUCCCCACCAUUGGGCCGCCCGGCCAGGCUCCAGGAGCAUUCUCUCCUGACGUUUCGCCCGCAUCUCCUUCCCUCUCUCCUUCCCGGCCUUCUGGACUAUAAUCCCCACCAUUGGGCCGCCCGGCCAGGCUCCAGGAGCAUUCUCUCCUGACGUUUCGCCCGCAUCUCCUUCCCUCUCUCCUUCCCGGCCUUCUGGACUAUAAUCCCCACCAUUGGGCCGCCCGGCCAGGCUCCAGGAGCAUUCUCUCCUGACGUUUCGCCCGCAUCUCCUUCCCUCUCUCCUUCCCGGCCUUCUGGACUAUAAUCCCCACCAUUGGGCCGCCCGGCCAGGCUCCAGGAGCAUUCUCUCCUGACGUUUCGCCCGCAUCUCCUUCCCUCUCUCCUUCGAGGCCUUCUGGACUAUAAUCCCCACCAUUGGGCCGCUGUGAGUCCAGGCUCCAGGAGCAUUCUCUCCUGACGUUUCGCCCGCAUCUCCUUCCCUCUCUCCUUCCCGGCCUUCUGGACUAUAAUCCCCACCAUUGGGCCGCCCGGCCAGGUUCCAGGAGCAUUCUCUCCUGACGUUUCGCCCGCAUCUCCGGCAGGCAUCCUCAGAGGUUGGGAGGCAUCCUCAGAGGUUGUGAGGUGUGUUGUCGAAGGCUUUCAUGGCCGGGAUCACAGGGUUGUUGUGUGUCUUUCGGGCUGUGUGGCCAUGUUCCAGAAGCAUUCUCUCCUGACGUUUCGCCCACAUCUAUGGCAGGCAUCCUCAGAGGUUGUGAGGUGUGUUGUCGAAGGCUUUCAUGGCCGGGAUCACAGGGUUGUUGUGUGUCUUUCGGGCUGUGUGGCCAUGUUCCAGAAGCAUUCUCUCCUGACGUUUCGCCCACAUCUAUGGCAGGCAUCCUCAGAGGUUGUGAGGUAUGGAGAAAACUAAGCAAAGAGCUGCGGGACUUCCUGCUGGUCUACAACCGGAUGACGGAGCUCUGCUUCCGGCGCUGCGUCCCGGGCCUCCUCCAGCGGGGCCUCGACGGGAGCGAGGAGUCCUGCCUAGAGGGGUGCGCGGGGAAGCUGGUGCGCUCCAACCAGCGCCUGAUGGCCGCCUACGUCCGCCUCAUGCCGGCCUUGGUGCAGCGCCGCCUGCAGGAGGGAACCGGAUUGGCCAGCGGGCAGGAAGGGGAGGAGCCUCCUUCGCCCUGAAGCCGUUCCCUUCCUCUCUGCCAGACUUCCUCCCAAAUACAAACGCUUCCUCAUUC